AUGUCAUCUUAUGCCAAGUUCAUGAAGGAGCUAUUGUCUAAGAAAAGUAAGUUGGAACAUGACAAGACAAUACCGUUAACUGAAGAAUGCAGUGCUAUUCUUAAAAGAAAACUUCCUCAAAAACUCAAAGAUCCAAGAUCUUUUAACAUCCUUUGUGAAAUUGGAAAAUGCACUGUGGGAAAAGCUUUAUGUGAUCUAAGGGCAAGCAUUAAUCUCAUACCCUUAGCUAUCAUGAAGAAGUUGGGAAUAGAAGAAGUGAAACCAAUCAACAUUACACUACAAUUAGCUGAUAGAUCUUAUACAUAUCCAUAUGCAGUUGUAGAAGACUUAUUGGUUAAGGUUGACAAAUUUAUUUUUCCUGCAGAUUUUGUCAUUUUAGAUAUGGAAGUGGAUGCAAAUAUACCAUUAAUUCUGGGUAGACGAUUUCUUGCAACUGGAAGAGCUCUUAUUGAUGUGCAAAAAAGAGAACUCAUGCUUAGAGUGCAGGAUGAAAAUGUGAUAUUUAACAUGUAUGAGAGUUGA